AUGAUGUUUGGACUUUUAAUCGAGGGUGAAGGCAUGCGUGGAAACGUGGUAGAUUUACCGGAAUGUUCAGACCAUGUUUACUGUACUGCCGUUUCCCCUGAUGGACUUUUUCUUGCUGCCGUUCUUGGUGAUGGUUCUCUUCUUUUGCUAAACCCCAAGACGUUUAAUGUAUUGUACAGAGUCGCAGCGGGAAAGUCGUAUGACGACGUCCCAAGUACGAGUGUUCGGUGGCUAUCACCAAGAAACGAGGAAUUAUAUUCCCUGGUCUCUGUGUCCAGUGCAGGGGGAGUCUUUAUUUGGACGUGGGACGGAGAGACCCUGGAGCGCAUUGUUCGAGUCCAUGAAAACGAAAAUGAUAUCACUUGUCUCGCUGUUUCAAACGAUGGCAAUGCCUUUAUCACUGCAGGCAGUGAUCGUCUUGUACGCUAUUACGAUGCGGAUGGAACAUUAAAGGCUACUAUGAGCCGUGGAUAUGACGCGGAUGGGGUACCGCGAGUGACACAUACUAACCGUAUAUUUUCAGCUCACUUUGUCACUCCCACAAUGGCUGUUACGGGUGGUUGGGGAACCCCCAUUCAAGUUUGGGACAUGCGUGAUCAGGAGUCAAGGGUACAACUCUGUGGUACACAAAUUGCUGCUGAUGGUAUUGAACCCAUUCCAGCCACUACUUGUGUCAUUGUAACUUCAAAACGAGGAGAACAACAGCUACAAGUUUUUGAUUGUAUUUCAGGAAAUGAAAUUGAAGAGGAUUCUAACCGUAUAUCUUCUAUAGUAUUAGAGAGUACACCAAUUAUCUCAAGAUACUGCAAAAAAACUGGUUUGUUAUGGACAAUAACAUCAAAACCGUUUAUGAUUUGUGUAAAAUCAUUCAUUUCAGGCGAGAUGGUGGCAUCAUGUGCGUCACCAUUCCAUCUUAUGAAUAUAGAAUUAUCUGAUCAUUUUCCCUUCCAAGCCUUUGUUUCAUGUGGGAAUGGGAAAAUUAUAUUGGCAAAGGUUAAAGGAGAACUGCACGAGUAA